CCCAUCCUGCUAUGAUUGCGCAUAUGACACGAUAGUUGAAGGAAUGUAUAAUCUGUAUUAAGGGACACUGAGUGUGGUCUGUAUGCUUGUUUCUGUAGUAGAUAGAUCAGGAAGGGAGAGAGGAAAUGUUGAAGUUCUGUCCCAAAAUCCGAACCACAAAUUGACUGGGUGGAACAAGAGAAAAAUCACAGCUUUUCUUUUGGUUCUGAACACCAUGCAUGGAAGCUGCCAGCAUAUCGAUCACCUAUGGAGACAAUACCUCCUCCUGCUGUUUGUUGUCUGGGGGUGCUCUGGGACAGCUGCCUGGAACCAUCUUGCUUGCCUCCCCAAGUCUGCCUCUACCCCACACCCCGUCCUUGGCUUCUGGGAAUCACUGCGAAAAGGCAACGGAUGCACCAGCCGGGGCCGCUCUGCCCUGGGGCAAGAAGUCCAUGUCAUCAGCCUGCAGAAGGGAUUGCCGGCAAAUGGCCAGGUAACUCUGAUAACUCUGGACCCAGAUCCCCUCGACAGAGCCCCCACCUUUGUGCUGUAUUCCCAGGAGCCUGUGCGUUGGGUGUUGCUGUCUCCCCCUGGAAAAAACUGGACCUUCCAGGUCUCCCCCGGCUCUAAUGUUUCAGCCCCAGGGCCAGUGGCUUCUGCUGAGACCAACUUACCAAAGACGCCAAAAGGCCUGCUGAAGUGGGCACGGAGGGAGCAUGGAGGGGUCACCUCUCUGGCUGAAUACCGUGGAGUCAACAGAAUCUACACACGCCUGGGGGCUGGCAUGGGCAAUGAGGAUAGGAUUGCCCCAGCCGCUUGCAGAUUGCAUAGGAAUUUCCUGUCCCCGGUGCACUUUGCCUCCAAGUGCCAACUCCAGCCUCUGAGGGUUUGCCUGCAUCCUGACCCUCCGCAAGACCUCGAAGUCCACAUCAUCCUCUCCAAAGGAGUUGCACCAAGGCCCACCCUGGCUCAUUUGACUGUGGAACUUCAUGCUGUCCGAAGGCCCCCCCACUGGGGACUGAUCUUGAUACUGAAGAGUGAGGGAGCUGCUGAGUGGAUGGUUCGCACCCACCGCCUCACUGGCCGGCUGCAUGUCCUGGCUUCGCACAAAGUCACAGUCAGCAGCACAGAAAUGGAUCUGCCCCUGACUGUGACGCAGCGGACGUCCCCUCGGCUGACGACCCUCGAUCCUUUGCAGUUUGCAUCGGAGCAGAAUCUGCCUGCCUUUACAUCCUACGUUGAGGCUGAGCGAGUGAACAGGCUUCUCCUUUUUGUUGGGAUGAAUGGGGCCACACCUCCUCCUCUAGAAGCGCCAACACUCUUUUGGCCCAUAUUGCUGCAUCCUCCCAGUUUCACAGCCUCUCAACAGCACUUUGCAGAGGCCAACACAGCUGGCUGGGAGGUGACGAGGCAAGACUUUGGGGGAGAGCAUGGUUCUGUUACCUACCCACCGUCUACAGCCAAAACAGAGGGGACAGAAUCUAUCUUGUGUCUUGGGGACCAGAAGCUUAUUCUUGAAAACCAGGACACUCAGAGAGUCUCCUGCGUUUCGCCUUCUCCAACCCAGAUAUCUCCCUCAGAAGCUGCAACGGCCUUCCAGAAUCCCCACCUUCACCUUGGCAAUGCCCUCCUUAACCUAGAGCUCUACAACACAGAGGCUUUUGCCAAGCAACUUGGACCUUUUGUCGUCUCAGCCAACAGCCUCGUCUUUGUGGAGGCUUCCUUGGCAACCUAUGACUCGUCUCUUGGCUUCACCAUCCAGCAUUGCUUCAUCUCUAGCUCCUCAGAUGCUUCAGAGGCCUCGGUGUAUCUGCUGGUCCAGCAUGGCUGUCCCGUGGCCGCCGCCCAAGUCAGGCUGUGGAAACCCGAGCUGCCAGGCCAGGCCCAGGAUUUGCCUCUGGGGUACCAGGAACGCCAGAGACUGAGCUUUGUGUUGAAACCGUGGUCCAAUGCCUCCAUCCACUUCUUGCACUGCCGCCUGACGCUCUGCAACAGGGGGUCUCAGGACCCUGCCAGACCCGAGGGCGCAAUCCCCAAGUGUCCGUCUGAGAAUGAGGCCUGCAGGGGAGAAGAGGAGGUGGUCCAAAGCCGCUUCCAGCGCACCAUCACAAAGCCUAUGCUAGUGACUGUGGAGACUCCGCUCCGAGCUGCUGCUCCUGGCCUGAAACCAGCCAAUGUCCCAGACAAACAACAAGGAAAAGCACCAAAGGAUGCAGCGCACAAGUGGAAGACUCAGAUAGUCCGAACUGCAACUGCGCCAGGCCUGACAGUCCCCGCAGUAAUUGGGAUAGCUAUUGCAGCCUUCCUCAUCGGCAUCUCCCUCACUGUUGGGCUUUGGUUCAUUCAUACCUAUACAGGUGAGUCGGCUUCCGGGAGGAGGAGCCAGCCUGCAGCCGAGACAGACCCUGUAGGACCAUCUGCUCCAAAGCGUGAAGACACUUUGUCAGCCCCAGCUGGCCCUGCACGUGGCACGUGGUGCUCUACCCUAAGAAGCCUCUACUGAAGAAGGUAAAGCAGCAGUUGGAGUUAUCAACUAUGUGGCAACUUUUGGUAAAACCUAUUGCCCUGUUCUACAGCCAUAGUCUCAAACCACUGCAACAGGGGUAACAGAAAGGUGAAUAAUUAAUGUAGUAUUACCAAUGUCACUUCAGGGACAGUCAUGCUAGAACAAACUUAAAAGUAAGGCCUGCACAUCCAAGUGAAUUUCAUAUGUAAAACAAAUCCCCAAACCCAGACAAAAACAGGCCAAAGAAGCAGCUUGGAUGAGAUUCUAACAAAAAUAUUCUCCCAUUUACUCCAAUGUAAAUCUGAAACACUAAAGUCAACGGGGUUUUACUCCAGAUUUAGAAACAGCAGCGAUUAAUGAUCUUCCUAACAUGUAGCCUUGGAGGCAGCGAGCAUUCGGGUAGCACUACACAAACAAGUAUCAACAACAAUUGCUAGGUAUUAUGAUGCACAAACUGGCAAACAGUUUCACAAGCCAUCCAAAACUGCAAACAUGUGCCCACUGCUAGCAAAAAA